ACACACAACCUUCAUGGAGCUGAGAGGACUCACAUAUCCAGUCAGCAUGGAAACCAACAUUGUCGUGAUGGGCACAGAGAGUGUGGGAAAGUCAGCUCUUACAGUUCGCCUGUUGACAAGGAGAUUCAUAGGAGAGUAUGGAGACAUUGAAUCCAUCUACACUCACAGAUUCAUGGUGGACGGGAGGGAAACUGUUGUCAAUAUUUGGGAUUCGCCUUAUUCUGAGACGCCGCUCUUUGAGAGAAAAGUCCGUUGGGCCGACGGCUUCGUCCUCGCCUACAGCAUCUGCGACCGCGCCAGCUUCACCGCCGUCACCCGCCUGCUCCACGCCAUCAAAUCCUCCAGAGGAUGCCCGCACGGCGACAGGGCGCCCGUCGUGGUCGUCGUGGGCAACAAGCGUGACCUCCACCACCGGCGGACUGUGCUGAGCGAGGAGGGCCGCCUCCUGGCCCUGGACGCUGGCUGCCUCUUCUAUGAGGUGUCGGCGGCAGAGGACUACCACGGCGUGCUGGCGGUCUUCCACAGCCUGCUGACUGGGGUGAAGGACGCCAAGUUGAGCGCCAAGAGGCCGUGUACGGGCCUCAAGGGCAUCGUGAAGAGCGUGUCUGCCGUGUUCGCCAGACGACGGACUGACUCCAUUUAAGACACUUGUUGGGGCGCCAAAGACAUCUUUUACCACCAGAGCCUGAAGACACGAGGAAAAAGGACAUUAUACUUGUGACCUUUGACCUAACAUAUUAACUCAAAAUGCAACAUAUAUUAUGGUUCUGUAUUUUUAUUAUGGCGGUGGACAAAACAUUGAGGAUCUUUCAGCUCCUCCACAACCGUAAUAAUGUUUUUAAUAAUGUUUCCAUCAAGCUGCUGUAUAGGAGCACGUGCAGGUGUACCUAAUGUAGCAUCCAGUAAGUGGACAUGAACGAUAUAAGGUGUACCUAAUGUAGCGUCCAGUGAGUGGACAUGAACGAUACAAGGUAUACCUUAUGAUAACGUUCAUGUAGACUAAUGUAGCGUCCAGUGAGUCAACAUGAACGAUAUCAUAAAGUUUAACUAAUGUAGGGUCCAGUGAGUCUAAAUCAGGGGUCACCAACGCGGUAGCCCGUAAGGACCAGAUGAGUCGCCCGCUGGCCUGUUCUAAAAAUAGCUCAAAUAGCAGCACUUACCAGUGAGCUGCCUCUAUUUUUUACAUUUUAUUUAUUUACUAGCAAGCUGGUCUCGCUUUGCUCGACAUUUUUAAUUCUAAGAGAGACAAAACUCAAAUAGAAUUUGAAAAUCCAAGAAAAUAUUUUAAAGACUUGGUCUUCACUUGUUUAAAUAAAUUCAUGUAUUUUUUUACUUUGCUUCUUAUAACUUUCAGAAAGACAAUUUUAGAGAAAAAAUACAACCUUAAAAAUGAUUUUAGGAUUUUUAAACACAUACCUUUUUACCUUUUAAAUUCCUUCCUUUU